AUGGAUCUUCCUCAUGAUUUGGUUUCUGCGCUGCUGAACCAGCCAAUAAACUAUAUUCUUCCCAAGCAGGAAAACAAGAAGGACAUCGAUGACGAGCUGCUGCGGGAACUCAAGGUUCCCGACCAGCUGAAACAAGUUACGUUUAAAAAGCCGGCCAUGAGGCUUCCUGCAAAGACUACUACGGAGCGCCCAGAGCCGCCAGGGCCGCUCGAACGACACAUCCUAGCCGCCGUGAGCUCCGACCGGUCGUGGACCAAGCCCGAUCUGAAGGUCAAGAGAAUCAAAAUCGACAGCACGCCCACGGACUUUGACAGCGUACAGCUUCAGCCGCGCGAGACGACCUUUGCCAGGGCCGAAGAGAAGCCCGUAGUCCAUAUGGACUCGCGCAAACUGCACACAGAGGCCAAAAACAAGCUCGUCUCGAUUUUGCAGGGCCCGCUCGAUCUCGACCCAGAAACGCUGCAGGCCCUUGAAGACAGCAUGAACCGGCUGUGGUACGCGAAACAGCUGAAAGACGUCGACGCGCAGCUCCUUGUGCGUCUCAACGAGACGUGCUCCGCGAUGCUGGACUUCCAGUUCGCGAACUUCGACGGCGACGAGAUGGACGUGGCGUGCCGGGCGGCCAAGUGCGCAACGUUGGUGAUGUUGAUCUUCACAAGCAACCACAGCGACAAACAGCUGUAUCUGGAGAACUAUCUCACGUCUGUGCUGGAAUUCGUGUACGCGUGCGGCAAUGCAUUGCUAGAUGCUGAAGUUUCCGACUUUGACGCGUUUCUAAAGAGCUACAUCAAGAUUCUGGACCUGCUGGCCUGCUAUGCCAAGCACAACGGUCUGGAGGACAGCAUAGUCACGAAAUUGGAAUAUUUGACGCUGAAACUGUGUUUCAGCGGCUCAAAACAAGACCCGAGCUACGAGAGACUGCGCGUAGCAGCCUCGAACGUGAUAUACGAGAUUUUCAGCAGAAAUCCGGACCAGCGUGUGUUUCUGCUCCACGAGAUCGUCAACAGCUUCGACCAGCUGUCGCCGCACAAGACAAGCUCCCGCCAGUACCACCUGGCGCGCGGAUUCAGCGUCCAGCUGGUGACGAUGCUGGUGGUGCGGCUGAUCCAGUCGUUUGCCGUGUGCUACGAAUUUGACGAGGCGUACUGGAAAGUGAGCGAGAAAAAGCGCGAGGAGCUGAACUCGAGCAUAUACAGCCACAUCGACGCGUCGGCAGACGAGCUGGCGCGGCUUUCCAACGAGUUCGCCUCGCUGCUGGUCACGAAAAUCACCGCCAACUACGACACCACCGGGAAAAAAGUGCUAGAGAACUUUAUAGAGGACCUGCUCGCCAUGGCCGAGUAUCCGGAAUACUCCGGCUGCGAGACGCUUCUGGAGUCCUUUUUGCACACUCUGAUGUUUGUCUUCAGCUCCGACAACUACUCUGCGCAGAUUGAGGCGUUUGCACUGGAGCUGAUGGGCAUCAUUGGCUCAAAAAUCUUCGCGUUCCGCAGAUGCCAGCAGCCAACCCGUUUCAGCGCGGACAUGAGCGUCGCCGACUUCAAGACGCUGUUCGAGCAGUACCUCGCUGUCUGGCGCGAUCUGAAGACGUACCGGUCCUUUUUUGCAUUCAAGCUGUUCACCAAGGUCCAUGCCCUUACAAAGUCCGCGUCAGACGAACUGCUCUCCUGCUGUCAAAGGGCCGAGUUCCUGCUCCUCCAGAUCAUCAACCAGAAAGUGCCGUUUCCCCAGAUCGACCGCCCGGCAGACUAUCUUGCCGUUCUCGCGUCGCAAAACCUGUUUGCUCACUACGACAGCUUUCUCGGGCUGAUCGUCAAGUCGCUCGACCACCCGCGCACCAAGUCGAGAAACAAAGCCAUCAAAAACCUGUCGCUGCUGAUUGAGCGCGAGCCGGCGCUGCUCACGCUGCCGACCGUGAAACAGUCGCUGGCGGCGCGGCUGGUGGAGCAGUACGCGUCUGUGCGCGACUCGAUCGUCGAGCUGCUGCUGAACACUGUGCCGGCGCAUCCCGAGCUUGUCAGCGACUUUUACGCUCCCGCGUGCGACAGGAUUGGCGACGCUAGCAUGGCGGUGCGGAAAAAGGCCAUCGGCUUGGCCAGAGUGAUGUACGAGCGCUCCGCGGAGCAAACGGUGCGCACGGCCGUCUGCGAGAAGCUGUUGCGGCGACUGGACGACGAGGAGGACGCCGUGGUCGACCUGGCCGUCGCCUGUCUCAAGGAGCUGCUGCUGCUGUCGCACGAGGACCCGCUAGCCAGGAUAGAGACCAUGGUUUGCGUGAUCGGCAAGUCAGAGAAAAACGGGGACUACUUCGAGCGGUUCCUGCGCGAGAAAGUCGUCCACCACUUUGCGACGAGCCCAGAGCUCCGAAGCGCGGUGGCGGCCGUCAUCCAGGCAAUUCUGGAGCACGUCACCAGGCAGGUGCACUGUGAUCACGACCACGUGCAGAACGUGACCGGACUGCUGGCAGUAUUUGUCAAGUGCGACGGCACACUGCUCUCGCAGGACCAGCUCGUCUCGCUGCAGCCGUACAUCAUCGACGACAGCUCCACCGGCAGCUCCCUGUGCUACCAUAUCUUGCAAAUCUUCCACUACACGCUGCCACAGACCCGGUCGCUGAAGAGGUCGUUUAUCCACCAGUGCCAGGCGUCGCUCCUCGCGCGUCUCACCAAGUUCAACGUGCGCGAGCUCGAAGAAGCCAUGCCGUGUCUGUGGCUGCUGUCGCUGAUGAAGAAGGACACCGAGAAGCUCGCCCGGGCGUGCAUCUCGUCGCUGGCUCUUUUGAGGCCGUAUCUGGCGGACAUCAGAGACAAUAGCUACAAGCCCGACCCCAAGGUGUUCCGGCUGUUGUUUCUGCUGGGCAACGUCGGGCGCCAUUGCCGGCUCGACGCGCACACGGAGCUGUUCCAGACGGCCAACCUGGGCUUCAAAGCCACCGACACGGUGUCCGGGUUCAUUAUCAAGCAUAUCUCGGUGUUCUGCGACGAAUCGCUCGACGCCAGCUCGCAGCGCGUGGCUAUCAAGAACCUGCUCAACGUGUGCAUCACGCACCCGCGCUGGUUCAUGAGCGACCGCAUUCUGGGCCUCAUGGACCGCGCUUUCCAGAGCAACGACCCGGAUCUCCAGGAUAUCGUCGUCAACACGCUUUCGACGUUUCUGGAGCUGCAGGACCGCGAGGCCGUGCUGGGCAACGGGCUGCACUUCAAGGACUCGAAGACCGUCAAGCUGGACGUGCGGGUGUUCCACGGCGAGUCGUCCGAGUACGUGAACGACGGAAUAUGCUCGUCGCUCGUGCAACGGUACCUGCACCACGUGCUGAAAAACUGCCUCGUCGACGAGUCUGGCCACUCGCUGCGCGCGGUGACUUUUCUGAAGCUCGUGGUGAGGUUCGGCUUUGCCAACCCGAAGCUGUGUAUCGCCACGAUCGUCGCCCUGGAGGCGUCCCAGACGCCCGCCAUUCGGUCGACAGCACUGGCGAUGCACGAGCAGCUGUUUGAGAAAUACGAGUCGCUCAUCGAGUCGGGCUACAUGGAAGGACUGCGCAUGGCGUACGAGUACCGCAGACGGCUUUCAGGCCAGCUGUUGUCCGAGACGACGCUUUUGCGGUGCAUGAUGAGCGUGCUGGACGGCAGCAGGACGGCCGGAAAGCGGUUUUUGCGGCUGCUUGCUAAAACGCUGGCGAACUUCGAGGACCCAGACCCGCUGUUUGUGGGCUACGUCGCCGUCAACCUCGCUGCCGUCCAUUUCAGACAGCAGGACCACGUUUUUUUCCUGGUGUCGAGCCUCGAGCAGAUUAUUGACACAGAGGCGGCAGAGCUGGCCGAAAGGACCGACGAGGAGGACGACUGGGACGUUCUGGGCGCAGAGGCGCGGGCGCUGUUUGUGCUGAUGCGGCUAAAGGACGUUCUGGUGACAAAUUACAAUCUGUCGGACGAGCGACUUGUGAAGUACCAGACGUCGGCCAAGGACUUCAGAGGCGCCAUCACGCGCGUGGACACUGUUCCGCUGGACGUGGCGGACUUGGAUCUCGCCAGACUCAAGGGCGGAAGAGUGUCGCAGAAGCUGUGUACGAAGUUGCUGGAAUUAGUAGAGGAUUAA